AUGUCUCUCAAGACCUUGCUCGACCCGGAAGUGAAAGCUCGGUUUCUCAAGGCUUCUCAUGCAAAUGUGGUGUCGCAUUUAAAGGCUCUAGAGAAUGGAUUGACAAGAUACUCUAAGAAUCCGUCGAUUGUACCCCCAAGAACCAAGGCACUUACGCCUUCUGGAGAAGCAAUCCACUUGUUUAUGCCCGUAGUGGACGAUAUAUACUGCGGUGUUAAAACUCUAGGGUAUAAUGAGAAGUCUGGGCUUGGGUUUGUUGGAUCUAUCAACGUAUUGGACCCUACUAAUGGGCUAAUUCGGGGUGUGGUUGAUGCAAAACAGGUUACUGGGAUAAGAACUGCCCUCAGCUCUCACAUCGGUCUUAGCCAUUUAAGUCACAAAUUCGAUGGUAUCGAGAAACUAAACGUGACGGUAUUUGGCAGUGGCUUACAGGCUUUUUGGCACUCGUUUGUGUGCGCAAAGCUGUUCUCCGCGAAACAGGUUGAUCUCAACAUUGUGCAUAGGUCAAAGAAGCUCGAUGACAGAGAGUUAUGCAAUGCAUGCUCAAAUAUCUGUUCUGUGAACUACGUCAAGAUAGACAGUAGUGAUAUUGGUCAGCUGUGCCGCAAGAGUCAUGUGAUUUUCGGCACUAUCCCCACCUCCGAGCCCAGCAUCAAGGAGCACUUCUUCCGACAAGUACCAGAGGAGAUCGACUCUACGAGUUUCACUUAUAUCAGCUUGAUAGGAAGCUACCAGCCGCAUAUGCACGAAUGCGAUAAUGCUUUAGUCUCUGCCUUCAGAGAUCAGAAUGUCAAAAUCAUUGUAGAUUCGGCUGAACAUACUUUGCUAGAAUCAGGAGAAUUAAUCGAUGCACAUAUUAAACCAUCCAAUUUGAUUGAAAUUGGAAAGCUUGCUUCGACCCAUGAUUCGUGUGAGUUGGAAGCUAAAAUUGGACCCAAGUCAAUAACAUUGUGCAAAAUUGUGGGCUUGGCAAUUAUGGACAUUGUUACUGCUAAAAAGUUGAUAGAGGAUGACGAAUCGUAA